AUGCCUGGUAUCCCGCUUCAAAUCCACCAAUUUCAUUUAACUUGCAUCACAGGGACCGUGCCCCUUGCUGCCCGCUGCAGCUUCGGCCUCACCGCCGCCGCAGUCGCUGUCAGCCCCGGUGCCGCUGCCACCGCCCCGCCGGCGGUGCAUGCUGACCUUCUCCUCUCCGACAUUCGCGUGGUACUCGUCGCUCCCAAGCACGAGGCCAACAUCGGCGCUGUCGCACGUGCCUGUGCCAACUUCGAGUGCCUCAGCUUGUUUCUAGUCGCGCCACGUUGCGCCGUCGGCUCUGGCGGCGUCGGCGCCGGUGAGGCGCGCAAAGUGGCCUGCGGCGACGCCGUACUUGACCGCCUGGUGGUUACGGACACGCUGGCGGAGGCUCUGGCCGACACUGCUGGCAGCAUCGGCUUUACGCGACGCGCAGGCGCAACCCGGGUAACGCACGCGUCGCUAGGGCACCUGCUGGCGGGGUUCCCCUGGGCGCUGCAGCGGCAGCCUCCGCAGCCUCCGCCGCCUCCGCCUGCGCAAAUACUUUUAAGUACCUCCGUCGCACCCGUGGAACAUGCACUCCCAGCAACCCCAUCGUCAUCCUCAUGGGACACCCUUGAGCCGACAUUUGCAGUACAACAGGUUCCAGAUCCGGAAUUGGAGCCGUCAUUAGAGCCGUCAUCGUUGCAGCAGCUGCUGUACCGCCAGCGACCGGAUCCGCCUUUGUCGUCGACAUCCCUAGUAGCAGCAGCAGCAGUAGUAGUAGUAGUAGGAGGAGGAGGAUUGGACCUGGCAGAUACCGACGGCAGCGGCAAUGACAGCGGUGUGGCCCCACACCGGCCCCACGCUACGGCGCUCGUUUUCGGGCGGGAGGAGAGCGGUCUUUCGGAAGCGGAGCUGCGGCUGUGCAGGUGCCCAGGCCACGCAUGCGCCAUCCCCACGGGCCGCCUACAGCCCUCUAUGAAUCUGUCGCAUGCGGUGGCGGUUGUGCUGGGGGAGAUAUUCAGCCGCCGAUGUGGGCUGCUGGGCGUCACGUCGCCAGCGGAGGCUGCGCAGGCGGCGGCGGACUUAGACGCCGCCGGCAGUAGUGACGGGGGCACCGGCGGCCAGUCACCCCAUGGCGGCGACUGCGACGGCGGCGGCGGCACUGUCGGCGCGAGGACCGGGGCCUGUAGCACAACGAGCGCACAGGAGGUAGAUUUGCUGGUUCGGAAGGUGGCGGCGGUGGCGGAGGCUGUGGGCAUCAGCGGUGAGGAGGGCAGCGGGGGCGGCGGCAGCGGAGCAGAGAGCCGCUCCCUGCAUGGCCUGGCAUCGGCAGUGCUGCAACGGCUAGACCCCAAACAUCCUCUGGAAGCGCGCAAGAUGCUCAGGAAGAAGCAGCAACAGCAACAGCAACAGCAGCAGGAACAGCAACAGCAGCAGCAACAACCCUAG